AUGUCUUUGCUACGUUAUGAUCCAGAGUUUUAUGAGGAGGCAGCGGCGGCGAUGAACGCCCAAUUGCCUGUAUUUCCUGUGGGUGACGUGGAGAGCCGCAGAACCCGUAUCGAAGAAUUCAUCCGUGGAGCAGGUGGAUUGCCGCCUAUUCCCGAAAAUGUGACGAAGCAGGUUCAUCACGCUCAAGCGAAGGAUGGACAUCAGGUUCAGAUUUUACACUUCCGACGGACGAAUGUAGCUUCAGCCCCAGGGCCGGCUAUUGUCCACAUACAUGGUGGGGGAUAUACCUGCUCGAACGCAGGAGACUACUCCCCAGCACUUGGAUCCUACGUGUCCGAAACCGGUGUUCCUAUGUUGUCGAUAGACUACCGUCUCGCCCCAGAACAUCGGUUUCCAGUGCCUCUGGAAGAUUGCUGGUCUGCGCUGCUAUGGAUCCAAGCUCAUGCUGCCAAGCUCAACAUAGAUCCAAACCGUCUUGCAAUUAUGGGCGAAAGCGCCGGUGGCGGUCUGGCUGCGGCCAUUGCUAUCCUAGCGAGAGACAGAAAGAUGGAUCCCCCCUUGGCCAAGCAGAUCCUCAUAUACCCAAUGCUGGACGACCGAACAGUAACUGACCACACGGGAGGUCUUGCUGUGUUCGGCAUUGAGGAUGUCCUGACUGGGUGGGCUGCCUACCUAGGUGAUAUAUACAACACCGACAAGGUAACUCCUUAUGCAGCACCAGGUCGUUUACAAGAUGUCACAGGCCUUCCACCUCUAUAUCUAGACUGCGGUGGCUUGGAUAUGUUCGCUCGCGAGAAUGUCUCCUACGCAAAUCGAUUUAUAGAGGCCAAUAUACCUCUCGACCUACAUAUAUAUGAGGGUGUGCCGCACGCCUUCCAACGGUUUGCACCUCGUUGUCAAGUUGUGAAACGGGCGAUUGCGAAUCGCUUGGCAGCAUGCAAGACCGUACCAUUUUCAGAACCUCCCUGGCUCACGGGUCUGCCAUCUCCAUACUACAAAGAUUCGCAUAAGAAAUGGCAAAAAGCAUGUCGCGAGUUUAUAUCAGAGCAUCUUACCCCCUAUGCACUCGAAUGGGAGACGCAGGGAAACGUGCCUGAAUAUGUUUUUGAGCUCUUCUCAAAGCACAACAUGCUGAUUCCCAAUCUGCCUGCUCCGUUACCCAUCGACAUGCUUAAAAGUCUAGGGAUCACGGAGCUACUUGGCGGACUGCGGAUCGAAGAUUUUGAUUACAUGCAUUUCUCCAUCUACAUCAGUGAGAUGCGGAAGGUGGGCAUUGGUGGGCCAACAUCGUCACUGUCCACGGGAAUGGCCUACGGUAUGCCGCCUAUUAUCACCUAUGGCAGCCAGGAACUGCAACGGCGCUUGCUCCCGGAUCUUAUAAUGGGAAAGAAAAGGAUUUGUAUUGCGAUAACAGAGCCUGAUGCAGGCAGUGAUGUUGCCAAUAUUACCACAACAGCGACAAAAACAACGAUCACAAAUGGCGUCUGGUGCCAUUAUGCUACCAUGGCUGUUCGAACAGGGUGUCCAGGAGCAGCUGGAAUCUCUCUUCUGGUAGUGCCUCUGUUGGACCAACCUGGUGUAGAUCUUCGUAGGAUGAAGACUUCUGGAGGAACCGCAAGCGGGACAACAUUUAUCGAUUUAGAGGACAUGAAGGUCCCUGUUGAAAACCUUAUUGGUUCGGAAGGUCAAGGCAUGAAAAUGAUUACUCGGAACUUCAACCACGAGAGAUUGGCUAUCGUCAUUGGCAUAGUUUCUUCAGCCAGGGCAGCUUUAUCAGCGGCGUUUAGCUAUGUAUCAAAGCGCGAGGCUUUUGGCAGCACCCUUAUGGAGCAGCCCGUUGUUCGCAAUCGCCUGGCGAGGGCUGGAGCUGAGCUGGAGUCUCUUUCUGCAUGGGCUGAUCAAUUAGUUUACCAAAUAGCGAAUCUCGAGGGUCAAGAAGCACGCCAGCAGUUGGGAGGUUUUGUAGCUCUCGCAAAAGCAAAGGCAGGCCUCGUCCUUGACGAGUGUGCGAGGUGCGCUGUCCUGUUGUUUGGAGGCAACGGAUAUACUCGCACGGGCCAGGGCGAGCUUGUGGAGAAGAUAUAUCGUGAGAUUCCCGGGGCACGCAUACCUGGUGGCAGUGAAGACGUCAUGUUUGACCUAGCUGUGCGUCAGUUACUCAAGACUUAUCGUGCCAAAUCGGAGGCUUUGAAGACGGAUAGAGCCAAAAUUUGA